AAAUCCAAGCUGGCACAGCAGAUCGACGCUGACUGCUAGCAAUUUUCACUCAUUUUCUGUUACACGAAUCCUUCCGUGGGUGUGUCUUCUUUCCACAGCCAACCCCAACUUUAGUCCUUCGUUUUGCUUGUAUCUGUUACACACCAAGUCAAUUCAACACAAUCGCAAGAUGACAACUGGUCAACAAUACUACCCAUUCAAAUGUACCCCAACUGUCUACCCUGCAGAUCCCUUCGACCCCGUCGAAGAUGCAGCCACCCUCAAGAAGGCCAUGAAGGGCUUCGGCGCUGACGAGAAAGCCAUCAUCGACAUCUUAGCAAGGAGGGGCAUUGUACAAAGAUUGGAAAUAGCCGAAACCUUCAAAACCUCCUAUGGCAAAGACUUAGUGUCCGAACUCAAGAGUGAACUUGGUGGAAAGUUUGAAGACGUCAUGGUUGCCUUGAUGACUCCCCUGCCUCAAUUCUACGCCAAAGAACUCCACGAUGCCGUCGCUGGUUUGGGAACAGACGAAGAGGCCAUCAUUGAGAUCUUGUGUACCUUGUCUAACUACGGAAUCAGAACAAUCGCCCAAUUCUACGAGAAUAUGUAUGGCAAACCACUCGAAAAGGAUUUGAAAGAAGAUACUUCUGGACAUUUCAAAAGAUUAUGUGUUUCUCUCUGCCAGGCUAACCGUGAUGAAAAUCAAGGUGUGAACGAAGCACAAGCUACUGCCGAUGCUGAGGCCUUAAUUAGCGCUACUGAUGGCUGGGGUACCGAAGAAUCAGAAUUCAACAAAAUCCUGAUCACUAGGAGUUACCAACAACUUAGGGCAACUUUCGCUGAAUACGAAAGAUUAUCUGGAAAAGACAUUGAAAGUGCAAUUAAAAAGGAAUUCUCUGGAAGCAUAGAGAAAGGAUUACUUGGAAUUGUCAAAUGCGUGAAAAGCAAAGUAGGAUACUUUGCCGAACGUCUCCACGAUAGCAUGGCAGGUUUGGGAACCAAUGACAAAACUUUGAUCAGAAUAGUUGUUUCAAGGUCUGAAAUCGAUCUGGCUGACAUUAAACAAGCAUUCUUGGACAAAUAUGGAAAAACAUUGGAGAACUGGAUCCAGGGUGAUACGUCCGGAGACUACAAACGAGUUCUUCUGGCCAUCAUUGACUAAUUCACCAAUUCCUUAUUCAUGAUAAGCACCAUCACUGUGCCCUACUACUACUUAACGCAAGCUUAUCGAAACUGCCAUAAAAGAAAUGUUCAAAAUUUUUUUAUAUCUUUUAUAUAUUUGCAGGAUAAAGCUCCGAGUCAACUCAAAUAUGUACUGACAGUUUUGAGCUUAGUUGGAGGUUGUUGAGAUAUUUCGCCUCAGGAAACGUUAAGUCUAUUAUAUUACUCAAAACGAAUCGAAUUAACUUAAAACUUAGAUAUUUGUUUUUAUUUCUCAUAAUUUUCUGUUCAGUAUUAAAUGAUGAAUUUCCAGUAAUAUGUCAUAUUCUACUUAUAUUAUGGAAAAUGUUGCUUCAGUUCUGUAUGCAGAGAGAGUAUUUAUUCAAGUUUUGUUGUAUUUGUUAGAUCUUGCUUAACAAAGUAGGGAUAUUUAGAUUGUAUUGAAGUUUAAGAAAGUUUAAUAACUGUUUCAAUAAGUACUGAGGUUCAGGGCACGUUUCCCUAAUUAUAUAUUUUAUUGUGAAAUGUUUUACACAUGUGCUUUAAUUGGGGCUUUUGAAAUAAAAUAUGUACAAAUUAAAUUUUCUACCAAAUUU